AUGAAGUCUAAACCCGCUCCUCUCGCCGUCUGCUUCGCUGUGGUUUCCGCGUUCAUCGCCCAACAUGGACGGGUUAGAGGAAAACUCUUCUCCCCACCCGUGUGUCAGACCUGGAACUCAACAACUGUUGUGUGUAAUGGGGAUACGGAUAUACCGGAUUUUCUACCUGCUCAAUCCAUACGGUCCCGAGAGCCUCUGACCCAAGUACCUCCCGGCAUCCCCGAGUCUGUCAUCACAGUGGAUCUCAGUUGGAACAACAUAACUAUACUGUACAACGGAUCGUUUAGUGGGUUAAGAAACCUGAGAUCAUUAGACCUGUCUUGUAAUGCUCUACAAACUAUCGAAGUUGGUACGUUCGCUGGGUUGGAGAAAUUAGAACGUCUUGAUAUAGCAGGUCGGUAUAAUUUUGAUGAUUCGAGUUUUUUUCUAGAAACAGAUACAAGACAAAUGUAUUCUCUUCAAUAUGGACUUUUCCAAGAUCUGCGAAACCUAAACUAUCUGACCGUGGAGACUUACACAAAUAGAGUCGCCAGUGAAGGAGUGUUCAUGGGGUUAACUAAACUCAGGCAUUUACAACUAGCCGUGAAAAAUAUCAGCAAUUUACCCGAUCACAUUUUUUAUUCUUUGACUUCAUUGGAAAGUCUAAAGAUAUGGGAUCAACUAGAUCAAGGCGAUUACGUAGACUUUCUUGAACCUGAGCUCGAGGACCAAAAUACCACCAUGAGAAGAGUCCACAGCGGAAGUGGGUUCUUACAACGACACCUGCUGUGGACACCGCUGCACAACCUUACAACACUGGGAGUCAGAAGUGAUGUAACGUUUCCAAGAGCCAGUGACUUCUACUUUGGAGCUGUAUUUAGAAACAUGUCAAAGUUGGAGACUAUAGAAAUAUUUUUUAAAUUUGGCAUUUUCCCCAUGAUCAAUGUUGACAUGUUCCGGCCAGUAUUAUUAACUCUGAAACAUUUAAUCACCAACACUGGGAUAUCUCCCGGCCUGCUGAAGUCACUCACACAUCUGCAGUCCCUGCGUGUAGUAGACCUUCUUGGUUUACCGUUACCCGAUCGCGACAUUAUGGACGUUUUACCUGAACUACGACUCACGCAGAUUCAGGAGUUGUCAUUUCAAAUACAAGCUAACGCCUUUGCAGGUUUGUCACAUUUGCAAAGGCUGGAAUGGACGUCAGGCUCCUUGGAGACUUUACAUGAAAAGACGUUCAGCGAACUACCCUCGCUCACUUAUCUUGAUUUGAGCCAUAACAACUUGCGAUCCUCCCAAGCUCAGCUUCCAGAGACCUUGGACUAUCUUGAUCUCAGUUACAAUAAGCUACAAAACAGACACACAGGUCAAUGGCCAUGUUACAACCCUAUAUCAUUUAACCUCAGUGGCUUAAAAAGCGUGAAUCAUCUGAAUUUGAGUCACAAUGACAUUGGAAAUGUUGACGCCGAAUGCCUACCUCAGAAUAUCACUGUGCUUGAUUUACAGCACAACAAGAUAACAGUGUUGAGCUAUCUCUGCAUUGCGAAUUUACCACCCCCUUCGAUCGCCUUCCACGAUAACUAUCGUGAAAAGGGGACCACCUUCCAUCGAUACAUAUCGGAAGGGCGUAGUCGGCCGGUCCUACAGCCGACGCCUUCCACGAUAGCACAGCGAUUCUCAUGGAUGGUGACAUACGCUGGGUCAUCAGGCGGGGUCACCGCCCCAGGGUAUGCUGGGAAACCCAAAACCAACGCCGCGCUCGGCUUCGGUCUCAAAUCACCACCACAG